AUGACGGAUAAAAGUUUAGGGUCUGAUACGGCGACCUUAAUUGAUGAGGCGCAGAAACUAAGCAAUGCCGAUGCCAAAAGCAGCCAUUCAAAUAGCGAUUCCGAUGCCAAAUGGACCCAUUCAAAUGGCGAAAUAGUUUCGUUUUUCACUUCAACUAGCCUUGAAAAGUGGACUCCAAUGUUAUCUCGGGAAUUGUCAAGGCUGUAUUUGGCCAUUCAAUGCAUAUGCAAAAAAAGUAUCCCUUUGGAGCCACCUUGUUUUCGAGAACUUCUAAACUUCAUGAUGAAAGAUGAUGAACAUGUUUCGGCAGCAGGUAUUCCAGGUGCGGGUGGAUUUGACUCACUCUUCGUGCUUUCGCUUAAAGAUUUUGAUCUUGCAGCCGUACUACAAAAGUGGAAUACUUUACCUUGUUCACUGUCUUCGGUAUCAAACGCAACCAUUCUAUCUUCAUGGAAUCUCUCUCAAUAG